AAGCUCCAUCUCCCCUGAAGCUCGUACCAAGUAGGUUUACUCUACAUACAUACACCAUCUAUGACUUUGUCCUUUCAGUGGACGCGCCACUCUUUUAGCACUUUCAGAUGAGCGAGGGGCGGACAACCGAGCACACGAGGCUAUUCCAAGGGUAACGCGCGCCAAAUCAAUCCUCCCAAGGACCAUCACAGCACAUACAAGCAAGCGGUUAUAUCAUGGCUCGGGUCACUCGCUUUGGCUUUUUAGCCAUUGCGAUGGCCUUCCAUCUGGUGUAUAUCUACUCAAUCUUUGAUAUAUAUUUCGUCAGUCCCAUCGUCUCAGGCAUGCGGGAGUUCCGGGUGGAAAGGCCAGAUGGCGUUGAAGCUCCAGCAAAGCGUCUGGUUCUGUUCGUUGGUGAUGGUCUUCGUGCAGAUAAAGCCUUUCAAUCGUUUCCAGAACCGUACCCCGAGAACGACGCGGAUCUUACACCAAGGCCUCUCGCACCUUUCCUCCGUUCGCGCGUCCUCGAGCAUGGAACAUUCGGCGUGUCGCAUACUCGCGUCCCAACGGAAUCUAGGCCAGGCCAUGUGGCUCUGAUCGCGGGCCUUUACGAAGAUGUCUCUGCGGUUACUACCGGGUGGAAGCUCAACCCAGUCAAUUUCGACAGUGUUUUCAACAGGAGCCGACAUACUUGGAGUUGGGGUAGUCCAGAUAUUUUACCGAUGUUCGAAUUGGGCGCUGUGCCGGGCCGGGUGGACGCUUAUACAUACUCUGCUGAAGAAGAAGAUUUCUCCAAGGAUGCCCUGAAUUUGGAUAUUUGGGUGUUUGACAGGGUCAAGGCCCUUUUUGCGGAAGCUGCUACGAACUCUACUCUUGAUCAUGCUCUAAGGCAGGACAAAACUGUGUUCUUUCUUCACCUUCUGGGGCUGGAUACGAACGGACACGCUUAUCGACCCUAUUCGAAGGAGUAUCUAAACAACAUCAAAGUUGUAGACCAGGGAGUGAAAGAGAUCGCGCAACUCAUUGAGGAUUUCUAUAAUGAUAACAAGACCGCAUUUAUCUUCACAGCGGACCAUGGGAUGAGCGAUUGGGGCAGCCAUGGUGAUGGGCACCCUGACAAUACCCGAACACCUCUCAUUGCGUGGGGCUCAGGGGUUGCAAAACCAGUGGUUACACCAGACUCGACUGCACCGGGCCAUGACGACCUGUCUUCAGACUGGAAUCUGGACCAUAUUCAAAGGCACGACGUUGCUCAAGCAGAUGUCGCGGCUCUGAUGGCAUACCUAGUUGACCUUGAGUUCCCAGUUAACUCGGUUGGCGAGUUGCCUCUGUCAUAUUUAUCAGGAGACCUUGCUUCAAAAUCCGAAGCUUUCUUGGCAAAUGCGAGAGGUAUUCUUGAUAUGUAUAGGGUAAAGGAAGAACAGAAAAAGGCAACUGAGUUAAGAUUCCGUCCUUUCAAGGCUCUAAGCGAUAAAGCAAAUUCCGUGGAACAUCGGUUCUCUGCUAUCCGAGGUCUCAUAGAUCUGGGUCGGCACGAUGAAGCGAUCAAGGAAACGGCAGCUGUUGUUAAAUUAGGCCUGGAGGGCCUACGUUACCUUCAGACCUACGAUUGGCUAUUCUUAAGAGCCCUGAUCACAAUUGGAUACCUUGGUUGGAUCGCAUUUGCGCUGACGACCGUAAUUGACCUUCAUGUUCUCCACGGCCAGACAGAGACAUCAAGGACUCUUUUUGGCUCGAUAUUCUUUUCUUCGGUUCUCGUUGCUCUCUUUGCUUCUUUCAUUGUGUCAAAAUCGCCAUUGACAUACUAUGCAUAUGCUAUCUUUCCAGUUGGGUUCUGGGAAGAGGUCUAUGCACGUCGGAAGGCACUGGUAGAGGGAGGGAAACUCCUAUUCGGGCAGAUCACAUCCGCUGGAGGCUGGAUCACGUUGUUAUUGAAAACAGUUGUUUUCUUGGGACUCAUAGAAUCUCUUGCAUUAGGGUAUACCCAUCGGGAGAUAUUCUCUGUUUUGUUCAUAGCUGCAGCAUUCUGGCCGGCGUUGUAUGGUUUGCAGUUUCUCAAAGAGAAUACAUCUCUUGUGGGGACAUGGGUGGCAGCAUGUGUUGUAAUGAGCUCUUUCACGCUGCUGCCAGCGAUUAAAGUGGAAGAUCUUACUCUUAUUUUGUCUGGCGGGAUCUUAAUGGUAAUAAUUGGGGUGUUAUAUCUCACAUUCGAGAAGCGUCUUCUUGCGGAGUCUGGAUUCGCAGCCGAUUCAACAGCACCAGCUCAUAACACUCUGUCGCGAUUGCUAGUUGGAGCACAGAUCGGGUUUAUUGUUCUAGCCAUGGCCGUCACUAGAUCAAGCGUGAUCUCUUUGCAGGCAAAACGGGGUCUCCCUCGAGGCAACCAAAUAGUCGGCUGGUGUGUUCUAGUUCUACCACUAUUCAUGCCGUUUCUCCACAGCUUUCAACCUAAUAAACAUUAUCUACAUCGGCUGAUGGUCAUAUUUUUGACAUUUGCGCCGAUCUUCGUCAUCCUCACAAUAUCCUAUGAAGGGCUCUUCUACCUUGGAUUCUGCGUUACUUUGAUCAGCUGGGUCCGUCUUGAACACAGUGUUUAUGUGUUCACGAAGUCGAAGCCGCCCUCGACCAAUCAGAUAAAUGGUACUCCCGCAGUGCCAGCAGCACUCUCGUCUUCUCCUUACCGAUCACUCACAUUAGCGGACGCUCGAGUCUCACUAUUCUUCCUCACGCUCCUCCAAUCUGCCUUCUUCAGCACCGGGAACAUUGCCUCAGUCUCAUCCUUUAGUCUAGACAGUGUCUACCGGCUCAUCCCAAUCUUCGACCCCUUUUCACAAGGAGCGUUGUUGAUACUAAAGCUUAUGAUCCCGUUCGCCUUGAUCUCCGCCAACCUAGGGAUUCUCAACAAACGAUUAGGGGUUGCCCCAUCUGCGCUCUUCAUGGUUGUCAUGGCGAUCAGCGAUUUCCUCACCCUGAACUUCUUCUGGGUAGUCCGAGACGAAGGAUCGUGGCUGGAGAUUGGGUCGACGAUUAGCCACUUCUGUAUCGCGAGUCUGCUCUGUGUAUUUGUGGCUAGUUUGGAGGGUGUGAGCGAGGUGCUCAUUGCGGGGGUAGAGGUCGAAGAUGGCUCCCGUCAGCUGAGGAAAGAGCGGGAACUUGGCGGGGUAAUCAAGGAGUCGGAGCUUAACGGGAGUGGGAAUGGAGAGAUCUCGAGGGAAACGGUCGCUGACGGGAAGAAGAUCCUGUAGGGCUGAGUAAUAAAGUACAGUAUGUAUGUACCUCGUAAAAGCAGGACUUAUUGCCUGUUGUGAUUCCGGAUCCCUGGCCCAUAUCUGGCGGUCCUUUUGGCGUAGUACCCAUGGACGCAACUUGCAAGGGACGGUUUAGCUCAACCUAUUGGGCCGUGUCGAGGGUCCAUAAAGCGUCCUUUCGUGGCAGAGGCAGACUCGCAGAGGGAGUCUCAUGAACCUCGGCAUGUUUCUGAUCUCCGCAUUCUGAGAUAUCAGGCACGGCCCACUUAUAAUAGGGGUUGGCCUGAAUCCGGGGUUGAGAGGCGAGGGCAGAGGAGGCAGAGAGAUCAAAAGGUUCUCGCAGUGGUCGAAGCGGGAGAAGUAGGAAGAGAGCCAUGGGGGCAAACGACGGUAUCUGGGGAGUAUAUAUAUGUGUAUAAAUCUAUAUACAUCCCCUACCUUGUAUGUAGGCAUGUAAUAUGUAGAUGAUCGAUCC